AGAUCAAACAUGGGAGAUAUGGAAGAAGGAGCAAAUGUACAACGACCACCACUGCUAAGAGGACCAAACUACAACUUCUGGAAGGGGCGCAUGAAGGCUUUCCUAAAAUCACAAGGUGGGAGAGUCUGGAGAAGUGUUGAAACUGGCUGGCAGAUUCCCACAAAGACAGUUGAAGGAUCAGAUGCAAAAAUCCCCAAAACAUUUGAGGAAUACUCUAAGGAAGAAGUUGCAGCUACUGAAUGCAAUGACAAAGCCUUAAAUGCAUUAUUUGGAGCAGUGGACAGCUCUCAAUACAGACUCAUUGCAAAUUGCACUGAAGCACAAAAGGCUUUGAAGAUCCUUGAGACAACCCAUGAAGGAGAUCAGAGAGUCAAGACAGCAAAAUACCAAAUUCUCAUGACAAAAUUUGAAAAUCUCAGAAUGGUAGACAAGGAGAGUAUUACUCAAUUCCAUGGCAGAGUGAGAGAUUUGGCAAAUGAAGCAGAACGUCUUGGAAGACCUUUUGAAGAAGACAGUCUUGUUCUAAAGGUACUGCGUGCCCUACCAGAAUGCUACUCAGUUGAUGCCAAAGCCAUACGUCAAGCACAUGAUCUGAAAAGGAUGACGCUGGAUCAACUAAUGGGAAAUCUUGAGACUAUUGAGUUGGCCAUGUCAGAAGAACAAAAGAAGAAGAAGACGGAGAAACAAAUAGCGUUUCAGGUGGGUGAUCUAGAUCUAGAAGAUGAUGUCAUAUCAGAUGAUGACUUUCAAGAACAGCUGUCACUGGUCACCAAACAGUUUACAAAAAGGUGGCUCCAGAAAAAGGGUAAACAAGUCCUCAUGCAAGAUCCUCAGAGAAGCUCUCAAACUAAGAUGAUGAAAGAGAAGGAAUUCAAGGCACAACCCUUAGAAGCAAGGAGAAAAGGACCACAGUGCUUUGAGUGUGGUGGCUUCGGUCACAUUCAAACAGAAUGUGCAAACAACAUGAAAAAGAAAAGGCAGGCAUUUGCCUCAACUUGGAGUGAUGAAGAACCAGACACUGAAGUUACUGAUGGAGAAAGUAACUGCGCCUUUGUCACAUUAGAAGUACAAGAAGACUCUGAAGAACAAUUAAGGACACUCCAAGAAAAAUGGAGUGAUCUGCUUGAUAUCAACAAGAGGAAUGUAUCUGAAAAUCUCCUCUUAAAAACCAAGCUGCAGAUCUGCGAACAAACUGUUGAGAAGCUGCAACAUGAGCUGAAUCAAAAGGAAACAGAAAAUGCCAAUCUGAGGCACGAACUUGACCAUCAUGUGAAGUACCAGAAGUGGAUGAAUAAAGCAGGAGCAGGAAUUUCACAAGAAUAGAUGCUGAGCACAGAGGCAAAAGCCAUUGAACACCAAGUUGACAUCUCCAAGAUGUAUGGAGAUAGAACCGGGCUGGGUUAUCCAAAAGGAGAAUCAACCAAAACACCAUUAGUAAUCUUCAUUAAACGAAGUGACACCAG